CGCGGCUCGGGGCGGGGCCUAGCUGGGAGGCGGAGCUUGGUCGCGUCGCUCGGCGGCCGGGCGGCCGGGGAGGCAGAGUGUUAUUGCAGGUGUUUUCUCUCCCGCCUCUCGUGACCCCCCCCACCCCCACAGCGCCGUGCGGGCUGCCGAGGGAGCGCCUUUGUGCCCGGCCCCGAGAGCCCGCGACGGCUGCUACGCACUCGGGUCCAUUGUUUCGCUUCUCUCUCUUCCGGGCAGGUGCCCGCAGCGCGCGCACGUGCCAAAGCGGCGGCAGGAGAGCAGGGACCCGCGGGCGCCGGCGGGGGCGUCCCGGGCGCGCGGCGGGAGAUGAAGUACCUGAAGCCUUGGUGGUCGGACGGCGGCGGCCUCCUGCACCUCACCAUCCUGCUGAGCUUGGCGGGGCUCCGCCUGGACCUGGACUUGGACCUGGACCUCUACCUGCUGCUCCCGCCGCCCACCCUGCUCUGGGAUGAGCUGCUGCUGGCCGGAGGCCGGACGAGCUCCGCCUACGCGCUCAGCCCCUUCCCAGCCUGGGGAGGGUGGGGGCGCGCGGAGCAGCUGCACCCCAAAGGCCGGGAGCCGGACCCAGCGGCGGAUCCCGAGGGCCGGCUGCUUCGGGAGGUGCGCGCGCUGGGGGUCCCUUUCAUCCCCCGCACCCGAGUGGAUGCGUGGCUAGUGCACAGCGUAGUGGCGGGGGACGCCGACGGGGCCCACGGGCUGCUCGGCGCCCCCGCCGCCGCGUCUUCCGCGGGAGGAGUCGGCUCCAGCUUGGAAGACAGCAGCCAGGCUGCACCCGGGGAUGGCGGGGACCCCCGAGCGGCUGCAAGUAGCCCCUCGGCCGCCGGGGAAGAGGAGAAGGCGCCAGCAGAAUCGACGGCUCAGGUGCUGGAGGCCGGCGGCCGCGCGAACCAGGAGAAUGAAGUACUGAGAGAGAGGCAUGAAGCUAUGUGUCACAACUCCCAGAAUGAGGAAAAUGAGCAAAGAGUAUCAUCAGCCCAAGAAAAAUCACUACAGCAGAAGAAUGAGGAUGAAAGUAAAAUAGCAGAUAAACCUGACUGGGAGGCAGAAAAGACCACGCAAUCUAGAAAUGAGAGAUCUCUGAAUGUGACAGAAACGGCUUUCUCUCUGGACGACUUCUCUCAGAUGCUUUUGUCACAGCCUGAAAAUUCACUGGAGGGCAUCUCACUUGGAGAUAUUUUUCCAGGUAGUAUCAAUGAUGGCAUGAAUUCUUCAACAUGUAACAUAAACUUUAGCCAAGCUAUAAGUCACGAUGUGAAUCUCCAUGACGCCAUGUUGCUGUGUCCUGACAAUACAUUUAGAAGAGAACCAACAGCAAGGACUUCACAACCAGAAGAACCAUUUCUGCAGUCAAAUUCUCAUAUUACCAAUCCUGAACAGACCCUUCCUGGAACUCAUCUGACAGGAUUUCUUCCCCUUGUUGGCAAUCAGACAAGGAAUCUAAGUCAAGACCUUCUACAUGACCUUGAUAUAAGCAUAUUUGAUGAAACAAAUUUAAUGUCCUUGGCCACGGAAGGUUUUGAUUCAAUGGAAGUGUCUCAGCUUUUUGAAGAACUGGAUUCGGAUUCUGGGCUUUCCUUAAAUUCAAGCAACAGUACCUCUGUCACCAAGUAUAAUUCCUCUUGCUCAAUGUGUGAAGGCGGCGCUACAGGUUAUAGUGACCUGGAAGGAGCUGUAGGAGGCUACUACCCAGAUCCCAGUAAGCUUUGUCACGUGGGUCGGAGGAAUGAUUCUGCCUUUCAUGGGGACCUUGCUUUUCAACACAUACAACAUAACCACACUUACCAUGUAGAGCCAGGUGCUCUAGAUUCUACCCCUACAUCUUUUUCACAGCAUGGGAAGUCACAGAAAAUAAGCAAGCACCUGAAUGACACAGACAGAAACUUAAGUCGAGAUGAACGACAUGCUAAGGCUCUCCAUAUCCCGUUUUCUGUAGAUGAAAUUGUCCGCAUGCCUGUUGAAUCUUUCAACAACAUGCUAAGCAGGCACUACUUGACAGAUUUACAAGUGUCACUCAUGCGUGGUAUUAGAAGAAGAGGGAAAAAUAAAGUUGCUGCUCAGAACUGUCGUAAACGUAAACUGGAUAUAAUUCUGAAUCUCGAAGAUGAUUUAUGUAACUUGCAAGCCAAGAAGGAAAUCCUUAAGAGAGAACGAGCCCAGUAUAACAAAGCUAUUACCACAAUGAAACAAAAACUGCAUCACCUGUAUCACAGUAUUUUUAGUAGGUUAAGAGAUGAUGAUGGUAGGCCUGUCAAUCCAAACCACUAUGUUCUUGAGUGCAGCCAAGAUGGAAGUGUUUUGAUUGUACCUAAGGAACUAGUUACCUCAGGCCACAAAAAGGAAAACCGUAAAGGGAAAAGAAAGUGAAGAGAAGAAACUGAAGGUGGAUUCCAUUAUGUAGAAGUUAAACUGAUACAUGGCCACACUGAAACUGCUUCAAAGUAUUAUCUUUUACUACUGCUACUUGAAUCACUCAGGACAUUUUGGAACUCUUAUGGAUUAAGUUUGUGGGAAAUUUUGGGGAAGCCACAACUUGAUUGAAAAAUCAAGUCAACUAUAUUUAUGCAGAACUCAGAUAUCUAUGUACAAAGAACAGGGUGAAAACAUGAAAAGCAGACAAUCCAGUCAUUUGGUUGUCAUUGUUUUUUCAGUAACACAGUUACUUCAAAGAGCAAACACUGGAUGUAAAUUAUUUUUAAACAUUCUGGUUUUUUGUGACUUGAAAUGCAAUGUAAUUUAGCUUCAAGUUUUAAUUUUUUAGCAUUGUAGUUACCACUGAAUAUACGGAGCCUUAAAAGCUAUUUUAUCUUUGUAUGAACACUUAAAUUGCUUUCUGUGGAAAUAAAUUUGAAUUUAUAAAAAUUUCUUAUACAGAAAUUCUAACCAUUAUUUACCUUGGAUAUUCUCCAUAAAACCCACAUUCAGAAAUACAGGGGAGUAUGUAGCCAAUAAGGCAGCAUAGUGUGGGUUUGAGUAUUUGCACAAAAACUGAUCAGACUCAGGCCAAACUAAAGUCAUCCCUUUGACUUGGGUGCCAAGAAAAAACUGGACAUUCACAGAAAGUUUAUGCCUCUUCUAAAUAGACAAAACAGACCUACCCAGCAAGUUAAACCAGCCUGUUGAAAUUCCUACACAUCUAGGACAUGGACCUCUCCCCCAGAAGGCCUCACUUAACAAUGUGAGAACGUUACAAGCCACACAAGAACACAAACCAACAGUAAGGGAAGUCAGUAGAGCAUGGACUUCACAACCAAAAAUGUGAACAUCUGGUUAAGAACAGGACAAAUGAAAUACUAGAAACGGCAUUUGAAAUGAAAGCUCAACGAGCUUAUGGCAACAGCAAGAUGGAGAUUAAUUUCAGAAAAUGCCCAAGGUUUGCCAACAUUUAACAUGCAUACAUACUGCUAUGUUCCAAAAUUAAGAGUCAGUGUUGUCAAAUAUUAUUUCUGCCAUAAUGGUCUGCCAGAGUUAUCACUGAAGUACCACCUAGGCUUAGAGAAAUGCAGUGCUUUCAGUAGAUUUUUAUAAAAAGCGUUUUUAAACUGAGCCUAAGGAAAGUUUUUUUUUUUUUUAAGAUUUUAUUUUUUAUUUGACAGAGAGGGAGGAAGGGAAGCAGGCUGACUGCCAAGCAGAGAGCCUGAUGCAGGGCUCGAUCCCAGGACUCUGAGAUCAUGACCUGAGCCAAAGGCAGAGGCUUUCACCCACUGAGCCACCCAGAUGCCCCAGGAAGGCAUUUCUUAAGUCUAGAUUUUGCCAACAAGAUGCUUCUAAGGUUGUUACAGUCAGUUUUGCAGGGUCUAUUCAGAUUAAACUCUUUUUAAGGGAAUACACCUCAGAUUGUAAUUUGGUAAUUUCAGCUGCAAGGCAGGCACAUUUCUACAGAAAGUCCUUCACAUCUACAAUUUAAUGUUCCAUGGUACAAACUUACCUAUGAGUAGCCUCAUCUACCCAACUGUGUACUUAAGACUGGGCAUUAUCCUCAAAUCCCUGAAAACAUAAGUACCACAGUGAACUAUACACCAAAGGUCCAAUCUGAAACCCAAACCAAUGGUUUGAAAUCUGCAAGGUGUAUGGUGCACUGUGACCAAAGGUAAAUACACCAAACUUCCAAAGAAAAAUCUGGUUUCCAAGGAUGUAAACUAGAGCUGCUUACUCUACUCUCACAAUACACGUUUCAGCAGUGGAAAUCCCAGGCCAAUAUUUUUAGUCUAAAUUCCCUUGCAGAUGUGGGAUACCUGAAGGACUAAAUUAUUCCAGCUACUGUUCCUAAAGUGUAAUUAUCCUGGAGCUCAGGAAGAUGUGUGAAUGGUUGAAAAGGAGAAAUCGGAUUUGGUUUCUGACCAUGUUAAAAAUCUCAAAGAAGUUCUCACUAAAGCUAUAUGUACUUUACCUGCCACUCCUUAAACUGCUAUAUCCCUCCUGUUACCCUAAGAUGACGAACACAGUCAAGACUGGUCAACCGAGAAACAAUUUUAUCAAAAUAAGGUUCUGAUGGUGGGAGAGGUAGGUGACCUCCUACCUCUAGUGUUUCAGGUUAUCUGGUAUAGGGUUUACAAUUGCAAAUUUCAAGGGGAUCUGUAAGACAGUGAUCAGUAAUGCUUAUUACACUUAAGCAACUAGUUAAUUAACCCUUAACUUUUGAAGACCUUUUCUGGUGGUUAGUACCCCUUUCCCCUCCUGCAUCUGCAGUGGAUAGGCCCAAACUUACAACUCAGUCUGAAUUGGUCCCAAAAGUUAAAGUCUUACCUUCUUCACCUAUGGGAAACAACUGUUAAUGCAGAAGUCACUCCUACAAUUAUAAAGUUAAAAGGGAAGAAAUCUCAGCUUCUCAUUUGUCCGUAUCCAAAGAAAGCCUUCAUAUUCCAAAAGUAGCCAUCAACAGACAUCCAUGCUGAACCAUCUUACAGGUGAAAUUAUAUUUUCAAGUGUAUAUUAAUUUCGAUGCAACAUGUACUAAAAAAUGUCUGAAUAACUUGGAUUCCUCUCAAGGCUGGCCUCAGUUCAACCAGGACCUUUAGAACAUUCAGAAAAUCCAAUCUGCACACAUUCAAGCCCCAAGAACACUCAGACUACACCGUGCACAUACGAAGACUUACACACUUCUUAUAGGUCUAGAUCAUCCUUAACAUCCCCUUUCUUGGGUAGUCUACUCACUUCACUAGUUACAUGUAUCACCCAAAAAUGUUACAUCUAAAUGAUCGGCGCAGUACUAAACAGUGUCAUUAAAACUGAAAGGGGUGUAUCAACCACCUAGAGGCAGUCAUUCCAAAGGAGAUCAAAUUCACAUCAAAUGUUGCCAAGAAUGUGUAUGUUUUUAGUAUAUUGUUAGUGUUGUCUACCUUUUUGGAAAGGCACCCACACUUGUGAACUAGUAAUUGUCAUUACUAAGGAACAGAGAUAGGAUUCAAGUUUCCUUAAAAUUAACUCAGUACUCUCAACACUUAGUGCAAAUAGUUAUAUAAUCCCUUUUAGACCAUCUUGGCUUAUAUUCAUACACCAGUUACUGAAAACCUUACAUGCAAGAGUAAGUUUCAAAACUUCCAGUUAAGACGAACACUCCUAAUGUGGAAGCCAGCCCUCAAUAUGGCUCCCAAUGAUGCUAGUUUCCCAGUAGUCCAAGGAGUUAACGCCCUCCAUUCACAUGAUAUGACCAUUAGGAUACAAGGUACUGCCAAACAUUUUGUUGAGUGUUUUUUGACUGCUCCAAUAGCUAAGUAUAGGGAAAGGAAAUAGCCAGCCCCAACUUGCCAGCCUUGUCAGUAUGCCCUAGUGAAGGCAACCUUGAACUUCAGCAAAAUUCACACAGCUAAGCAGUUUGUUUUCAAGUUAUUGACCUGAAAAUACUGUAGAAAGUAACAAAUUCAGUGUUGCUCCAAACUGCCUAAUAUUGAACUUCAGGAUUAAGUCUUGUAUAGAAUUUAUGCAGCAACAUACGCAAAAAAAUGUUCUCGUGUGGAAUACUUAUCAACUACCUUAAAUCUUUAGUUUUAACGGAAAUUAGCAGCCCAAUAUACUUACACAAGGGAGUGACCAUGUGGAUCAUUCAACAUUACCUGCUUAACUGCAAUAAGCCAGUUCUUUUCAGGCUAUUUUGUGCUGUAUUUUCAAAAAAGUUUGUCCUGAUUAAGGGUUCAGUACUUCAGGUUGUGCUGUUAUACCAACUUAAUUUACCUCCUUCAAAAACCUUCAAAUUAUGUACCUGAUUAUGAAGUUUAGUUGAUGGACACAUCUACUGUACUUUAAACAAGUAGCAAUGUAGCUUAUCUUCUGUUAGUCAUCAGUCUGACUUACCUGUGAAAUACACCUCAUCAAAACCAAAACCUCCCCCCCCAAAAAAACAAAAAGCCCAAAAAAGCCAAACCUGUUUUAUCAACCUAUGUAUCUUUCCUGUUAUCUUUCAUUGUUUUAGGUAAUAUAUACAAGAAAGCUACUGCUUGUUAAAUUCUGUACACCAUGUUUAAACCUUUAAAAAUUUAGACCACUGAAACUCAGUUAAAAUGCAUAUAAGUCAUCAACAUUUGAGUAGGUACUACCACAGACUGUCUCAGCGCUUUGCAGUCACUUAACUGGGACAACUCUAGCGAUUUAAAAAUAUUUUUAACAACGCCACCAGCAAUGUUUUACAUACAAGGUAAAGCCAGAAAACUAGAGCAGUAUUCAAACGCUGAAUGUACAGUAUGUAAAGAAUGGCAUUUUAUUAGGGACAGCCAAUAAUGUCCACAAAUCCUUUUCUCAUUGGACUAUCAAUACUGAGAUAAAAAUGGCAAUAUGCAUAGUUUUUUCAAACUGCUUUGAAAAAUCUAGGGGAUGGCAAUCUUUUAGACAACUGAAUGUUUAUAGAACAAGAUUCACACAUUUUAUGUGUAAACAUUACACCGAGUAUUUUAAUACAAAAGUGUUUAUUUUAUAAACUUUAUAUUUAAAAUAGAAUUUUUAUCUGUCUACUCACAAAACCUAGUUUAAAACAUGAUACAUUUCUCUCUUGCUUAUCUGAUGUUACUCUUUUACAAACAACACUCAUUUUGUAAUUGUUUUAUAUUAAGAACCUGUACUAAAUGAAGUUUGUAUUUUAUCAGAAAACAUUUCCCUUUAAACUUAAAGUGCUUUUUUUUUUUUUUUUAAAUGAAGGCACCAACAAGAA